UUUUUCAAUUCAGUUUUCACUCGAAGUUUGCUAGUUAACCUAACCAACAGAAAAUCACCGAUCAUCCUCAUCGAUCGAUUCAAAAAUCACUGUACUCUUUCAGAUUCCAACUGCUUCUGUGGCUCCGAUUUGCCGGUUGGAAAGGAAGUUCUAACACUUUGCAAGGAAACCCAUGUUCGCAGAUUAGAUGUGAUGUUGAGAGUUCUGGUGAUUGUUCAGAAGCUUUUACAAGAGAACAAACAUAGUUCAAAAAGAGACAUUUAUUACAUGCAUCCAUCUGUCUUUUUGGACCAGUCAGUUGUGGACCAUGCUAUUAAUGAUAUAUGUGUCUUGAUGCAGUGCAGCCGCCAUAACCUCAAUGUGGUUUCUGCCGGGAAUGGGUUAGUUAUGGGCUGGAUAAGAUUUGUCGAAGGAAAAAAGAUAUUUGACUGCAUCAGUUCUCCCGACACCGCCCACCCUAUUCCUGUUUAUGUUGAAGAAAUUAAAGAUAUUGUAAGCGCGGCUCGUUACAUAUUAGUUGUCGAGAAAGAAUCAGUUUUCCAGAGAUUAGCAAAUGACCAGUUCUGCAAAUCAAACCAUUGCAUUGUCAUCUCUGGAAGAGGCUACCCAGAUAUUCCUACAAGAAGGUUUUUGCGGCUUCUUGUUGAGAAUUUGCACAUACCUGCUUAUUGCCUGGUAGACUGUGAUCCCUAUGGAUUUGAUAUCUUGACCACUUAUAGAUUUGGCUCAAUGCAAAUGGCUUAUGACACGAAACAUCUUCGUGUCCCUGAGAUACACUGGCUUGGAGCUUUUCCUUCAGAUUCUGAGAGAUACUUUGUUCCAAAACAGUGCCUCCUUCCUUUGACUGCUGAAGACAAGAGAAAAAUUGAAGCCAUGUUGCUUAGGUGCUACCUGCAAAGGGAGGUGCCACAAUGGAGGUUGGAGCUCAAAAUGAUGUUGCAGAAAGGAGUGAAGUUUGAAAUCGAAGCACUGUCUGUUCAUACACUUUCAUUCUUGACAGAGUCUUAUAUACCAUCCAAAAUUCAUGGUAAAGUUCAAAUCUAGCUUGUUGGACAUUUGUGUCUUAAGCCCUAUACACGCAGUUGGGCUUGCACACAUUUCAUGAUGUACCAUUUAUUAUCCUUUUGCAAUGUAAGUUACUUGUCGGUUACAUAAUGGUUCCAUUUAUAUUGUAUAGUAGCAGGGGGGGUCAGUUUAGGAUCUUUGAUCAGUUUUUGUUUAACAAAUUAAGAUUCUAUAAGUCAAAUAUUAGCAAGGAUGUAGUGAGAGAACUCGGUACGGAAUGUAAAGAUUUUCGCCACUGUGUUUUAUUUGUUGGUACUUCGUGUCUGUCCAUGCCUUUGUAGAUGGGUGUAAUGCCAGAAACUUCACCAUUCUAAUGUAAGACAGAUUAGUAUUAAUUGGAUUAUAUGUUAUUGUAUGA